AUGUCAUGGAGAGAGAGGCCACCUACCUACCAGUUCCCAGGAGAGACCCCAUGUCCCCCUCCACCUGUGUAUCUCACCUCACAGCCCCCUCCACCUGCGUAUCUCACCUCACACUCCCCUCCACCUGCCUAUCUCACCUCACACUCCCCUCCACCUACAUAUCUCACCUCACACUCCCCUCCACCUGCCUAUCUCCCCUCACACUCCCCUCCACCUGCGUAUCUCACCUCACAGCCCCCUCCACCUGCCUAUCUCCCCUCACACUCCCCUCCACCUGCGUAUCUCACCUCACACUCCCCUCCACCUGCCUAUCUCCCCUCACACUCCCCUCCACCUGUGUAUCUCACCUCACACUCCCCUCCAUCUGUGUAUCUCACCUCACACUCCCCUCCAUCUGUGUAUCUCACCUCACACUCCCCUCCAUCUGCCUAUCUCACCUCACACUCCCCUCCACCUACGUAUCUCACCACACACUCCCCUCCAUCUGCCUAUCUCCCCUCACACUCCCCUCCACCUGUGUAUCUCACCUCACUCUCCCCUCCACCUACGUAUCUCACCUCACACUCCCCUCCACCUACAUAUCUCACCUCACACUCCCCUCCAUCUGCCUAUCUCACCUCACACUCCCCUCCACCUGCCUAUCUCACCUCACACUCCCCUCCACCUACGUAUCUCACCACACACUCCCCUCCACCUACGUAUCUCACCUCACUCUCCCCUCCACCUGCCUAUCUCCCCUCACACUCCCCUCCACCUGUGUAUCUCACCUCACUCUCCCCUCCACCUACGUAUCUCACCUCACACUCCCCUCCACCUACAUAUCUCACCUCACACUCCCCUCCACCUGCCUAUCUCCCCUCACACUCCCCUCCACCUGCCUAUCUCCCCUCACACUCCCCUCCACCUGUGUAUCUCACCUCACACUCCCCUCCACCUACAUAUCUCACCUCACACUCCCCUCCACCUGCGUAUCUCACCUCACACUCCCCUCCACCUACGUAUCUCACCACACACUCCCCUCCACCUACGUAUCUCACCUCACUCUCCCCUCCACCUACGUAUCUCACCUCACACUCCCCUCCACCUGCGUAUCUCACCUCACACUCCCCUCCACCUACGUAUUUCACCUCACACUCCCCUCCACCUACGUAUCUCACUUCACAGCCCCCUCCACCUGUGUAUCUCACCUCACACUCCCCUCCACCUGCGUAUCUCACCUCACACUCCCCUCCACCUGCCUACCUCACCUCACACUCCCCUCCACCUGCCUACCUCACCUCACACUCCCCUCCACCUGCCUACCUCACCUCACACUCCCCUCCACCUGCCUACCUCACCUCACACUCCCCUCCACCUGCGUAUCUCACCUCACAGCCCCCUCCACCUGUGUAUCUCACCUCACACUCCCCUCCACCUGUGUAUCUCACCUCACACUCCCCUCCACCUGUGUAUCUCACCUCACACUCCCCUCCACCUGCGUAUCUCCCCUCACACUCCCCUCCACCUGCAUAUCUCACCUCAUAUUCCCCUCCACCUGCGUACCUCCCCUCACAAUCCCCUCCACCUGUGUAUCUCACCUCACACUCCCCUCCACCUGUGUAUCUCACCUCACACUCCACCUGCGUAUCUCACCUCACACUCCACCUGCGUAUCUCACCUCACACUCCCCUCCACCUGCGUAUCUCACCUCACACUCCCCUCCACCUGCGUAUCUCACCUCACACUCCCCUCCACCUGCGUAUUUCACCUCACACUCCCCUCCACCUGCGUAUCUCACCUCACACUCCCCUCCACCUGCGUAUCUCACCUCACACUCCCCUCCACCUGCGUAUUUCACCUCACACUCCCCUCCACCUGUGUAUCUCACCUCACACUCCCCUCCACCUGCGUAUCUCCCCUCACACUCCCCUCCACCUGUGUAUCUCCCCUCACACUCCCCUCCACCUGUGUAUCUCCCCUCACACUCCCCUCCACCUACAUAUCUCCCCUCACACUCCCCUCCACCUACAUAUCUCCCCUCCACCUACAUAUCUCACCUCACACUCCCCUCCACCUGCGUAUCUCACCUCACACUCCCCUCCACCUGCGUAUCUCACCUCACACUCCCCUCCACCUGUGUAUCUCACCUCACACUCCCCUACACCUGCGUAUCUCACCUCACACUCCCCUCCACCUGCGUAUCUCACCUCACACUCCCCUCCACCUGUGUAUCUCACCUCACACUCCCCUCCACCUGCGUAUCUCACCUCACACUCCCCUCCACCUGCGUAUCUCACCUCACAGCCCCCUCCACCUGCGUAUCUCCCCUCACACUCCCCUCCACCUGCGUAUCUCACCUCACAGCCCCCUCCACCUACGUAUCUCACCUCACACUCCCCUCCACCUACAUAUCUCACCUCACACUCCCCUCCAUCUGCCUAUCUCACCUCACACUCCCCUCCACCUGCGUAUCUCACCUCACACUCCCCUCCACCUGUGUAUCUCACCUCACACUCCCCUCCACCUGCGUAUUUUACCUCACACUCCCCUCCACCUGCGUAUCUCACCUCACAGCCCCCUCCACCUGCGCAUCUCACCUCACACUCCCCUCCACCUGCGUAUUUUACCUCACACUCCCCUCCACCUGCGUAUCUCACCUCACAGCCCCCUCCACCUGCGUAUCUCACCUCACAGCCCCCUCCACCUGUGUAUCUCACCUCACACUCCCCUCCACCUGUGUAUCUCACCUCACGCUCCCCUCCACCUGCGUAUCUCACCUCACACUCUCCUCCACCUACGUAUCUCACCUCACACUCCCCUCCACCUGCCUAUCUCCCCUCACACUCCCCUCCACCUGUGUAUCUCACCUCACACUCCCCUCCACCUGAGUAUCUCACCUCACACUCUCCUCCACCUACGUAUCUCACCUCACACUCCCCUCCACCUGCCUAUCUCCCCUCACACUCCCCUCCACCUGUGUAUCUCACCACACACUCCCCUCCACCUGCCUAUCUCCCCUCACACUCCCCUCCACCUGUGUAUCUCCCCUCACAUUCCCCUCCACCUGCGUAUCUCACCUCACAGCCCCCUCCACCUGUGUAUCUCACCUCACACUCCCCUCCACCUGCGUAUUUUACCUCACACUCCCCUCCACCUGCCUAUCUCCCCUCACACUCCCCUCCACCUGCGUAUCUCACCUCACACUCCCCUCCACCUGCGUAUCUCACCUCACACUCCCCUCCACCUGCCUAUCUCACCUCACACUCGCACUCCCCUCCACCUGCGUAUCUCACCUCACACUCCCCUCCACCUGUGUAUUUUACCUCACACUCCCCUCCACCUGCGUAUCUCACCUCACAGCCCCCUCCACCUGUGUAUCUCACCUCACACUCCCCUCCACCUGCGUAUUUUACCUCACACUCCCCUCCACCUGCGUAUCUCACCUCACACUCCCCUCCACCUGCGUAUCUCACCUCACACUCCCCUCCACCUGCCUAUCUCCCCUCACACUCCCCUCCACCUGUGUAUCUCCCCUCACACUCCCCUCCACCUGCGUAUUUUACCUCACACUCCCCUCCACCUGCGUAUCUCACCUCACACUCCCCUCCACCUGCGUAUCUCACCUCACACUCCCCUCCACCUGCGUAUUUUACCUCACAGCCCCCUCCCCUGCGUCUCGCGCCCUUAUAG